UCGUCUCUCUUCUCAUCUAUCUUUUCAAAUGGCUAGGGUUCCUUCUCUCUCGAUCUUCAGUGCGAUUCAAAAAAAACUCUGUGUUUUCUUCUUCACCACGAUUCUCAUCUAAUCCAGUAAUCUUCCUUCUUCACCACGAUUCUCUUCACCUGCUUCUCGAUUUCUCAUCCAAAACAUUUGGUUCCUUUCAAAACGAUGUCCUUUGCAGGCGAUUUCCACGGGUAGUUUAUGAUUAGGGCUAAUGUUUCCUUUCAAAACGAUGUCCGUUGCAGGCGAUUUCCAUAGGUAGUUUAUGAUUAGGGCUAAUGUUUCCUUUCAAAACGAUGUCCGUUGUAGGCGAUUUUCACAGGUAAACACACCAAAAUUGACUUUUGAGUUAUAUUACAAGGAAGGUGUUUAAGUUCACUUGAAAGAAAGGACCUUUUAGGGUUUCCAUUUCUACUAAAAAUGGACGAAAUGGAGAAGCCAUCGGAUGCAAAAAGAACCACCGUCAGACCACCCUCCGUUUUGGCUUACCUCGACCCCAAUUACUGGAAUGAGAGGUUUACUUCUGAGGAUCAUUACAAAUGGCUCAAAGAUUACGCACAUUUUCGUCAUUUGAUCCACCAGCAUAUCAAACCCGAUUCUUCAGUAUUGGAGCUCGGGUGUGGAAACUCACAACUGUCUGAUGAGUUAUAUAACGAAGGAAUUACUAAUAUAACCUGCAUCGAUCUAUCUUCGAUUAUGUGAUUAGAACUUAAAAAAAAUAUCUUCUUCGAUUAAUUGGUUCAUUUAAAUUGUGCAAUCAGAAAUUGUUUUUCCAGUAUGUAGGUUUAGGGGCGGAACAAGAGGCGUCACGAGACCCCUAAGUCACUAAAAUUUGUUGGAUUUUUUGUGCAUAACUAACAGAGACAUAAGCUCCCUUAUAUUCAGAAUACAUCAAUAGCCAGGUCUAUUGAGAACUAUAACAUCCAUUCCUUUUAACUGAGAUAUAAUGGAAUAAAUAAAUAAUUUUAUUACAACUCAUAUAAAACCAAAAAUUAAAUUUACUCUCUGCGGCUCUGCCUAUACAUUUCUUCAAAUCCAAUUUGGACUUAAGAAAGUCAAAACCUUUUUCUUUGAUACACGUUUCUCUUUUGAUUAUCAACAUUUUCAAGAUCGAUUUUUCAAGAAAUCAGGUAUGGGUAUAUUUAUAAUUCAAGAUUUUGCAGGGCAGGGUUUUUCUAGGGAUUUGUAACUAUUUUGAUGAUUUAUGGGUACUUGUUUCAAAUUCGAUUUGCAAUUUGGGAAUUUAUGUUUAAAUUCUUCUUCGUGUCUGAAUAUGAGUAUCCUUUCGUAAUCUAACUAUGGAAAAACACAAUUGACAGGUGGGGCAAAAUCGGACACUUCAUAGUUUUCAUAUAAUCAAGCAUGUCCGGUGAGAGGAAAGGGUCUAUUCUCUAAUUCGCAACCUUUCAGAGUUCCGUGGAUGAAGGUUUUUGGCAUGGACUAUGUUCUUUAAAACUCAACAAGCUAAAAACCGACGAGUCACCCAUUUCAAUAACAGGAUUCUACACACCUUGCUCUAAUCCCCAUGCAUCAAACCAUCUGAAUUUACUUGCUGAAUCCUUGCCAACCGAACCAAGUGACGAAUUACAAACUGUAGCAACCCGUGGGAACAGAAAUAAAUGUUUGGUGCCUGGAACGCUUUACAACACAAACACAUAUGAAGGAUAUCAGUCCCUUGAUAAAAAAGUCUGUUAAAGGCUGAAGGAAAGAAGACCUCAAGAGGUUUCAUUUCGAUUACUCGGUUGCUUUCCCUGCGUUGGCUCUUGAUCCUCCAGCAACAUUGGUUGAAUUAAAGCUAGCAUCAGAAUGGUUCACUACUGAAGAGGUUGAAUCUGUUUCAGCAUGCUGUAACGAGUGGCGUAUGUCAUGUUUAACCGCAGGGGUGUAAACGAGCCGGUCCGAGCCCGACUAGCCGGCUCGCAGAUCCUUUCGAGAUUUAUCGCGCGCUGAGAGUCGUGAAUCCAAGUCCGUACAUGACUUAUUUGCAGCUACGAGAUGACUUGAUGACAAUGCUCAUUGCUGGCCACGAAUUCCAUAACGAUGGGCCUGCUGCUACUUCGCCAAAUGGAGAUCAGUAUUAUGACCCUCACCAGCAACGUGAUGAAGGAGGCUAUGAUAACUGAUCAAAGCUGCAUCUUCUGGAGUACAGGGUACAGGAGGAUCACUAGCUGCAUACCUUCUGAUUGCAUAAGCCAUAGGGUUAACUGCUUUAAUAAAGUGACGAACUUUGGUCAAAUCUUUAAUUUCUAAACCCUGUUGAGUGUCUUUUCUUUUUGCUCUAAAUUUUUCUAAAUUGCAUUUUAGUCCUAAAUUCAUACUUUUAGUUUUUGGCUCUCCUUUCAAAAUUUGAACCCUACUUUUCAAUCCCUCUCUCCACGGUCCGCCUACCCACUCUCCUCCAUCUGCUGGUUUCCGGAUCGAAAGGGGAUUUAAACAAGCUGUGGAGGACGGUUAGAGCGUUAUACCAUCCGUGGAACUAUUAUGUUCUUCAUCUUGAUCUUGAAUCGCCGGUGGAGGAGCGAAAGGAGCUCGCUUCACGGGUUGAAAAUGAUCCUGUUUUUGUCGCGGUUGGGAAUGUUUAUGUGGUUUCGAAAGCGAAUAUGGUUACAUAUACAUGACCCACAAUGGUGUCAAACACUCUUCGUGCUUGUGCUAUACUUCUUAAGAAAUUUAAGGAUUGGGAUUGGUUUAUAAACCUUAGUGCCUCGGAUUAUCCUCUCGUGACUCAAGACGAUCUUCUUUUCAUAUUUUGUGAUUUGAAGCGCGAUUUGAAUUUUAUCAAACACACGAGCAAGUUAGGGUGGAAAGAGCGGUUGAGGUGUAGUGGUCAGAGUAGUUUAACUUCUUUGGGAUCUCUGAUCCCCAUCCUCGUCUUCUUGUGUUCUCCGUCGUCAACAAGACGUCAAUAUCCACCUUAUCUUCUUCUAAAACCAUUAUUCCAAUCCAAUAUCACAAGAAGAAAUGUCUGGUGGUGACGAUGACUGUAGAUGCAGACCCUUAGGCUUUCUCUUAGGCCUCCCUUUCGCCUUUGUCGCCCUCCUCCUCUCCCUCAUCGGAAUCGUCAUCUGGAUCGUCGGGUUGAUUUUGAGCUGUAUAUGCCCUUGUUGUUUUUGUGUAACGGUGAUAGUCGAGCUGGCGAUAGCGUUGAUCAAGGCUCCGUUUUCCGUCAUGAAAUGGUUUACUGAACAAAUUCCUUGUUAGAUCUUUUGGUUUUCAUACAGGAACAUUCAAGUUAGUGAAAUCUUUUGUUUUUGUGUAACUGUUGCAUGAAUUUAGUAGGAUUCUGAUUUUUUGUAAUAUAUGAUUGACGAUAUGAUCUUUUCCUGACGAUGAUUAAAUGCGUACUCCUUAUUUGUUUAAUGCAUCCA